AUGGGUCCGACAAAAAUCUCACCCGAGGACCAGCAGUUUAACAUAUCCUUCGUAGGGGAGGUGAAAAAACAUCCCUGUCUGUUCGACAGCGGUAGCCCCGAGUACAAACAAAGCUGUAAACAGGAAGAUGCCUGGACGGCGGUUUCUGAAGCUGUGGACGAGUCUGUAGAUACUUGCAAGAAGCGUUGGCGGAAUUUACGGUGCUGUAUGACACGUUACCUUAAGACAAUUCGCGACAGCAACGACAUAUCGCUCACAGGCGGGCGUCGAAAACCGUACUACCUAUUCGAACAUAUGCAGUUCGUACUACCCUAUCUGAAGGCGCGCGAUGAAAACAGCACCUACGAAACGGAUGAUUCGAGCUGGAUAAAAGGUUCCUCGGAGAGCGAAACGUUGGUGAAAAACGAUGAUGAUGACGACGAAAUUGAGCAUCAGAUUGAGACGAUCAACGUACCAGAAGAAGAUCACAACGAUGAUCACAUCAAAAACAGUAUAUUUCAAUCCAUCAAGAUCGUGCCAUUGACACAGGAACCGCAGGUUGUCCACGACGAGCAUCAACAGCAGCACAACGUAAUCCAGACGAAUGAAACGACUACCACCAGUGGUACGGCUACGACGUUUGAAUUCAUCUCAUCCCCUCCUGCUGUAAAACAACCCAGGCUCUCAAAUGCCCCGAGCAGUGUCAGCUCGUCCAGCCAAUCGGCCACACACCAGAUAGAGACGACGGUCGAUCGAUCGCAGCGACAAUUUUUCACAAUCACUGGUACACCAAUGCAUCCAUCGAACAUCCCGAUAUCCUGCUAUUCAACGCCAUCGGCCAUAGUAACGCAGCAGCAGUCACCAACACCUAAUCUGACCGCACAGACGCAGCCCCAGCCCCAUUUCGCACUCAUAUCGGGUGGAUCCACGAUGGUGAGCGAUGCCGAUCACAACUUCUUCCAGAGCCUCGUACCAGACAUCCAGACGAUGACGAUGGAGCAGAAAAGAAAACUCAAAAUCGGCAUCCUCCAACUCAUCGAUGGUAUACUCAACACGUAA